AUGAAAAUUUUAAUGUUAUCUAUGAUAUGUGUCAUUUAUACAUUUGACUUACCAGGUAUACAACAAAAGACAUAUUCUGAGGGAUAAUAGAUACCUGUAUUAAUAAAUGAGAUGACCUCAGAAUCUACUCAACUUCCAUAUGAUUAUUAUGAUCUUGAUAUUUGCAAACCUGAUUCGACUGAAAAUCAAAAUUAAAACAUUGGAUCCAUGAUCUUAGGCACUUUAACAUAAUAAUCUAAAUAUUAAGUAAUUAAAUAAAUAAUAUGAUAGAUAUUUAUGAAUUAUGAUAUCAUUGAUGAAAUACUUUGUGUUAAAAAUUUUACAUUAACAGAAUAGAAUAAUUUAAAAUGGUUUAUUGAUCAUGAUUAUAGAGUCAAUAUGUUAAUUGAUGAAUUACCUAUUCUAUCUAGUAAUUAUUUAAAUAAUACAAUUAUUGGAGUACCUUUAGGAAUUAGAAAUAUAAAUUAAUAUUCAUUUUACAAUCAUUACAAUUUCAAAAUAGAGAUUUAUAAUACUUCUAAAUCAGAUAUUAAUUAGACUUUUAGUAUUAAUUCAAUAACAGUUGACUUUUAAUCAAAAUGUAUGGACAGUGUUGAAAUAGAUUCUGGAAUCAAUUGUCCUAUCAAUUAAAUUAUGAAUAUAACUUAUUCUGUUAAAUAUCUAAUGACUAAUUCAUCUAAUCGAUGGUCAGCCUAUUUAAAUAUAGUAUCAGAUUCUGAUUAAUAAUGGAUAUCUAUUAGCAUAACUUUUACUGUAUCUCUACUCUUAACUGCUUUAAUUGCUUGGUUUAUUAGAUUUACUAUAAGAAGAGAUGUAUUAAAAUUUGAAAUGUUGCCAUAAGAAGAGAGUGAUGGUUUGAUUGAUUAAAUGGGAUGGAAAUAGAUUAGUAGAGAUGUAUUUAGACCUCCAUCUGGCAUACUAUUUUUGAGUGUUUUAAUUGGAACUGGUAUUCAAUUUACUAUUAUGACUAUUUCCAUUUUCUUUCUUUCAUCAAUAGGAUUUUUGUAUUCUGCACAUACAGGACAUUUAGCAACAGUAGUAAUUGUUGUUUAUGUAUUUACUGGCAGUUUGAAUGGAUAUUAUUCUUCUAAAUUUUAUAAAUAUUUUAAAGGUGAAUAUUGGUUAUUAUGUACAUUGGGAAGUAAUUUGGCAUUCCCAAUUAUGGCUUUAUUUAUAUUUGGAAUUGAAAAUAUUGCAUUAAUGUUUGAAGAGUCUUCAAGUGGAUUAGAUUUUAAAUCUGGAAUUACAUUUAUUGCAUUAUAGCUUGGUAUUUAAACUCCAUUAAAUUUAAUUGGAUCAUUUAUUGGAUUUAAGAUUGAAUCUCCUAAAAAUCCAUGUAAAUAUGGUUAAAUUGCUUAAGAAAUAACAUAAUAACCAUUUUAUUUGGAUUAUUUUUAUAGUUGUUUGAUAGGAGGACUUAUAUGCUUUAUGUAAAUUUUUAAUUAAAUUUAUAGAUCUGUUGGUCUUGAGAUUAGUUAAAUAAUGUAAUUAAUAUGGAAGAAUUCUUAUUAUGAAUUCUUUGUAUCAUUAUUUUUUACUGCAAUUUUAUUGAUUAUUAUUAGUGCUGAGGUUUCAAUCUUAACAGUUUAUUUGCUUCUUUAAAAUUAGAAUCAUAGAUGGUGGUGGAAAGCAUUCUUUGUACCUUUUACUUCAGGAGUAUAUUUAUUUAUAUAUUCAAUCUAAUAUUACUUAGAUUCAUUGUAAUUUACAAGGUAUAUUUAAUAAAUUAAUAAGAUUCUCAACAAUAUUAUAUUAUUUUGGUACUAUGUAUAUGGCAUCUUUAUGUCUGGGAUUAAUUUGUGGAACAGUGGGUUUCUUAGCAAGUCAUAUAUUUGUUAAAAAAAUAUAUUCAAUGAUUAAAUUAGAUUGACUG